GUUUGGCUAUCGGUCUGAAGCUUAGCUCGUGCACAAUCUUCUCUUGCCUCCAUGUCCUCACAAUGCUGACAAGCCCUUCUACCGCUCAACUAGCCGCCCAGUCCCAGCUCCAAAUAAUAAGAAAGAAAAGUUUUACAAAUUUAUGGGAAUGGUUCGGAAAAGAGGAAACAUGUGUGCCUCCCUCCAUAGGGGCGGGACGGCCUACAGCCAAAGAUGUCUGGCGCCCUCGACGCUGCCACACGAAGGGUCCACUUUAUGAGUUUCAUGUCGAGGAAGUCUCUGUUUCACAGGACAAUCAAGUCCAAUUGCCACCACCAUUAACUGAGGUCUCUCCUAGCCUACCAAAGGUGCGUGUGAAAAUCUGCCCGAUAUGUCGACGUGUGCCAGUGGACCCAGUGACGCUAGAAUGUGGUCAUCUAUUUUGUAGAUUAUGUAUCGCCAAAAUACGCCCAGUGUUGUUUCAAGACUUUGCAGAAAGCAUUAAAGACCACAGAACAAUGAUUCGCUGUCCUUUUCCGUCUUGCCAAUACCUGAUGCCAGUUCGUCCCAUUGUCAAUGGAGAUUUUAGAUUCAACAAGAUUCACCCUGAUGAUAGAGUACAAGUCACUGAAAUACCGCUGUGUGAGCUGGAGGCUUUGAGAAGCUUUAGAGUUAGCGUCGACAUAGAUUUUACUAAAAAGUAUAAAUCUGAUAUCUUCGGUGGAUUUCUGGAUAUUUGAUCAGAACGUAGAUAGUAGGACCAGAUGUGACCCAACUAGCUGAGUGUCGACAUGAAACUUUGGGGUCGACAGCGUCAAGUCAGCACGGUGUAUAUAAAGCAAAUGUAAACAAACGAUA